CGGAAGCACUCACGCGAGCAAGCUUAGAGUCGCGAAAAAAGUGCACUCGCCCCCGAUCAUUCUAUCACUCUCAUCUCGAUGUUCAUCAAAUAUCAUCGCGUACCGACUUUAAAUAUCGCGCCCUGCAAAACUCAUCAUUAAUUGCGAAAGGCACACGAGUCGCGAUGCUUGUUCGCUCUGCUGGACGGAGACAGCAACGCCAUACUUCAAAACUCAUUGCCUCAUCAUUUGCACAACUUAACCUUCCCUGGCUGGCACCGGCUCAAUUACGAUGGGCAGCAUCACAUACGAAAUCAGUCCCAGGACAAUCACGGUUACGACAGCAGCUACGGCACCCCCCAACACAUACUCAUCACCCUGCGAGAGGUCUCGCUACAUCGGCCGAUCAAUACUUACCCUUUGACCAAGGGCCGCCUCCUGGAUUCGCUCAAAUUUUUCCACAAGCGAGUUUGGGAGACAUCACAUCCUUCACUACACCCCUCAAGCAUUCUGCCGGCACAUCACUCUACGCCCGUCCGUACAAUGAUCCCAUCAAACUUGACACCACCACUCGAACGCCGGAGCAAUUGAUUUUAGUCGCAAAUGGUCUUCACGGUACGGUACGUGAGCUCAUGGUUCAUCUCCACACUUGUGUCAUUGUGGGGCGACGAGAAAGAGCUCAGGCUAUUGUGGCUCGCCUUUCAGAACAAUGUGGUGUCCGAUCACCUGAGAUCAGAUAUGCUCAUCGAGCGAUUCUCGGAGAGAUGCUUCGCAGCAUGGCGACGAAUCCAUCCGGGUCUUUACGCGCAAAAGCAGUGCUUGCCGAAAUGCAAAAAUGGUUUGAGGUCGAAGUUCGGAACAAAGGUGUGCCGAUUGAGGCGCAGAUUUUGAUCAUCAUGAUGAGGGCCAGCGUUUUCGCCCUUGAAGGAUCGAGGAUGGAUCGAUCGAUUCGCAGAUAUGCCGAAAUUGCACGGGAUAUCAAUGACGAAGUCUUCGAAGAAGUCCUCAAUUCAGAAGAGUAUGACGAGAACGAGUAUAUGAUCGUUGGACGUGCCACCUCGGACUACUACGAGGAGGAGGCUGUUCCGGAAGAUGAACUCCAACGGGCACAGGACACGCAAAAGGAUUUGAUAGCCACUUACAGAGCCCCCCCAACCGCCGGUUUCGUUGAUCUUGACUCAAUACCGGAGGUUCGAGCUGUGGCAACCAAGAGCUCUGGUCUUCGAAACAUUCAAAGCAUGAUGACAGCCUUAACUGGUCUUCCACCUCUACCCCCGGAUGCAGCUCCAGAAGACCGGCUGAAGCGUGCUUUCGAACGACAGCACAAACUAGAAAAGAGCGCAGUAGAAGUCGCAGUGGAGCGCUGGCGACAAGAGGAUGAAGAGCUUCGGAAGAUUGGCAUUCACACAGCAAUGCAGACGAAGCCGAUAGGUGCCAUGAUGUGGCAGUGGUAUUCGGCUCUCCUCCCGGCAAUAAAGGAGGAAGCUGCAGCUUCUGCCACAGCUUUGGCAGGACCCAAAACUGUUGCUGACGACCGCCUUGUUUAUGGGCCAUUCAUGGAGUUACUACCGGCAGAGAAGCUUGCAGCAAAUACCAUUCUCACAAUCAUGGGAACUUUGAUGAGCGGCAGGAAAACCGAAACAGACACGCAUAAAUUUGACGUCAAGGUCAUCAAUCUGACGAGCGCUAUUGCAAAUGCGAUCGAGCAAGAAUGGUCCGCACAUCAAAAUAUACAAACGGCUGGAAAUAAGCGGUCUCGCAGAUCGAUGGCCAAAACCCGGCGAACCCACAAAAAUGUACACGCUGUGUCAAAAGACCCAAACGCUGAAACAGGCGCAGCUCUACCUCUGCCAGAAAUCCCCAAUGCGAUUCAGGAUAAAGAGUGGCCCAAGAGUGCAAAGCUCAAAAUGGGCGCCAUGCUUCUCUCUAAAUUCCUAGAAUGUGCUACAAUCCCAGUCACGCGAGAACAUCCACGAACGGAGGAAUUGAUCUCGCGAAUGCAACCGGCUUUCCUCUACCGUGUUCAUUUCCACUACGGCAAGAAGACGGGAAUGAUCGUACCGCACGAAGCACUCAGCGAAAGGCUGCAGAGCGAGCCUCUGGGAAGUCUCGUUUGCAAAAGUAUGCCAAUGGUUGUGGAGCCAAAACCGUGGACUGGUUGGCAAUCUGGGGGCUACCUGCAUUACGACACCCCGAUAUUACGCCUAUCGAACGGUGACAAAACGGGUCGGGAAUACUUCGAAGCGACAGAUCGAGAGGGAGACCUCAGCACCUUAUAUAAAGGACUGACCGCGCUCGGCAAAGUGCCGUGGAAGAUCAACCGCGACGUGUUCAACGUCCAGCUGGAAGCGUGGAAUAGUGGCCUGGCGAUCGCUAACUUUCCGCCAUUGGAACCAGACCUCCCGACUCCGAUUGAGCCUGAAGCAUCUCUCGAUCCCUCCGCGAGGAGGAAGUGGUUGGCGGAGCUGCGUGAGACUGAGAACAAGAAAAGUGCUUUCCAUUCUCAGAGGUCCUUCCAAAAUUUCCAACUCGAGAUCGCGAGGAGCCUUCUGAAUGAGACUCUUUACUUUCCUCACAACCUGGAUUUCAGAGGUCGCGCCUACCCGAUAUCGCCGUAUCUGAACCAUAUGGGUGCAGACAAUGUGCGAGCUCUUCUGACCUUUGCCGAGGGCAAGCCAUUGGGAGCGACUGGUCUUCGAUGGCUCAAGAUCCACUUGGCUACAGUGGCUGGCUAUGACAAGGCAAGCCUCGACGACCGAGUCAAAUUCACAACGGAGCAUUUCGACGACAUUCAAGAUUCCGUGCUCAAUCCUCUGGGAGGACGUAGGUGGUGGUUAUCGGCAGAAGACGCUUGGCAGACGCUCGCGGCGUGCUUUGAGCUUACCAAUGCACUGAAUUCGCCUGACCCAGAGAAGUACGUCUCCUAUCUACCGAUGCAACAAGAUGGUACUUGCAAUGGUCUUCAGCACUAUGCUGCACUUGGUGGAGAUCAAGCUGGCGCCAAGCAAGUGAAUUUGGAGCCUAGCGACAAACCAGCAGACGUGUAUACUGCAGUCGCCGACGCCGUGCGGGCACAUGUCCAGAAAGAUGCCGAUGCUGGCCAUGAAAUCGCCAAGCUCAUUAAUGGUCGCAUCACCCGGAAAUGUGUUAAACAGCCAGUCAUGACAAACGUCUACGGCGUGACGUUUUAUGGCGCGAAGCUUCAAGUAUUAAAAAAUGUUAACGUCAUGUUGCCCGAAUCUGGGUGCCCACCGGGUGUGACACCUUUGGCAGUCGCGCACUACGUUGCACUCAAAAUCUUCAAGAGUUUGGGCGACAUGUUCACAGGAGCUCAGGCGAUCCAGCAGUGGCUAGGAACAUGUGCUGAUCGAAUCUCGACUGCACUCAGUCCCGAACAAAUUCAGAAGGCUAUUCUCGCCGAGAAAAAGAAAAAGACCGCGACCAGUGAGCCCGCAAAACGUGUCGCUGCGAAGAAGCCGUCCACGAAUGCGGGACUGAAAGACAUUGAGAAGGUCAGCCAAAGCGCAACCGAUGCCGGCAAAUCUAUGAAACCGUUUUUCAAAUCAACGGUGGUUUGGACGACCCCUCUCGGCCUUCCUGUGGUGCAACCUUAUCGCAAACCUACGAGCCAAGUAGUCAAAACGAGCUUGCAGCAGAUGUCAAUCUCCGAGCCACGUGUGUGGGAUCCUGUCAACAAACGCAAGCAAUUACAGGCAUUCCCGCCGAACUUCAUCCAUUCAUUGGACUCAACGCAUAUGCUCCUGAGUGCGCUCAAAUUUGACGAGAUUGGCAAAACUUUCGCCAGUGUCCACGAUUCCUUUUGGACACAUGCAUGCGACGUCGACACUUUGAGCGAAGUGCUCCGGGAUGCGUUCAUUUCUAUGCACAGCGAGGACAUUAUCGGUCGCUUGCGCGAGGAGUUUCAGACUCGCUAUCAAGGUUGCUUCCAGCUACUUUCUGUGGAACGCAAUUCGCCUGCCGGCCGGCAAAUUCUCGAAUUACGCGAGACAGAUGCUGCCAAUCCCACAACAUCGGCAAUGUCUGGGGUCGAAAUUGAGCUCGAGCGCCUUCGGCUGCUCAACAGCGACGAUGCUGCCGAGCGAGAAAAGGGGGCGUCAAUGAUCACAGCCGCGUCAAUAGUGCAAUCCUUGUCCGUUAUUGAGAACACGUCUCCGGUUUCCGAGGAAAUUCAGGCCCAGGGUCUCGGAAAACUGCCCGAUGACGCCUCCGAAUCUGACCUCAGCAAGGGAGCUGACUUGCGUACACUCGCUGCUGGUGUCGAGAUCGUCUCUGAGCCGCUUGAUGCUGUCUUGAGCGGCCAGCUCGACCAUGCUGACAUUGAUGCCGACGAUGGGAACACCCACGGCGAAAGAUCGACCGGCGACCCGUCGGAACCAGCGUCACCUCCCAGCAAAAUUUCCCGCACCAAGGCAACUAAAGCAUCAAAGAUCUUUGCAUGGGUGCCCCUGGAGUUCCCGCCUGUCCCAGAAAAGGGCAGCUUCGAUGUCACCAAGAUACAGCAGAGCAAAUACUUCUUCCAUUGACUCUGAUGUGCACAUGCACCUCAGUCCACACUUUUUCGGACUGCAUGAGACCACCCACCACGAACAGACUCGAUGAAAAAUUCUAUACAAUUUGGUCAAAUUCGUUCGCUCCACCCGACUAGUGGAAUCUGUAUCCUUUUACAUGUUGCAUAUUUUUAUACUCCUGCUUCUUCUGCAUAGCGAGGUGGCGACUGAGCGACUCUCCUCUGCCCUUUACACUCCGACAGGAAAUCCCCGUCGGGCUUCAUUCUUAUUCCAGCAUUGCUAAAUGUUUUUUUAAUUUAUUUUGGGAGAUUAUGGGAGACAAUAUUUAGAUUUGAGUUGGGGAUUGUGGGAUAGAUAGAUGUGAAACAACGAAGAUGGACUACAUCGCGAGAAACGUUUCAUCUUCGCAUUCUUCACCG